AUGCCAAAGAUGAGAGCCACGACGGCGUGUUUAGCGCUAAUCGCGUUGAACUAUGCUUUCCUGGUAGCUGGAGACGACGCUAGAGGUCAAUCGGAGGGUGCUACUGUGUCUACGGGCAGCUUCCUGGAGGAUGAGGAACCCAAAGAGGCGUGGAUGAGGGCUCCGGCGGGAGGGGUUGCCGUCAGGAGUGGUGAGGACGCUCUGCUCACAUGCGUCGUGCUAGGAGCGAGGGGUAAGCCCGUACUAUGGAAGAGGGCGAGGGAUCUUCAACUGCUGACCGCUGGUGGAGUGAGAGUCACUAGAGACGACAGAGUCCGGGUGUUGCACGAUGAUUCGGAGGAGCCUCUGAAAGGGCCUGGUAUAAGGAAGGGCGGAGACGUUUGGGCCCUCGUCAUCAAGUCGGUGAAGCCCUCUGACGCCGGUCUGUACAUGUGCGAACUGAACACAGAACCGCCGGUCAGGAGUUUCCACCGACUCACUGUGAUCUCCCGGGGUCUUACGCCGCCCGAGAGUCAAAACGCGACCGAUACGUACUCCGCGAACGUGCCGACGCUCUCAUCCGUGGCCCUGGCCCACAACUACACGGACUGUUGUCUGAGCGCGAACGUGAGCGCCGCCUGCCUAGGCUUCUGCAGCAUCCAGACCAUCCUGGAAGGGACCGGCCAGGACCCGGAAAUAUGCCAGCCCGAUUUCCCCGCCAUCGUUAAGUGUAUGGCGGACGGGCGGAACCACGUGCCGUGCUGUGUCCAGGAGCACGUGCCGGACAUCUGCCAGGACGUGUGCCGAGGCGAGUUCACCCCCGUCACGGACAACAUCAAGACGCACUACUCCUGCGCCACUUACAUGGAGAAGACGCUCGCGUGCAUCGUCGAGGGGAUCGAACUUCUACCGAGCCCGCCCGAAGACGUCGAAGUGGAGCCCCUGAACGAGAAGCAACUGAAUGUAUCGUGGGGCCCGCCCGUAGAGAACACGGAAACGGUCACGGAGUAUGUAGUGAACGUGACGACGCUGAGGUCGUUCGACGCCCACCUGAUCGACCCCUCAGAGAGCUCGAUCCGAAGCAACGGAACCAAGCAGACCCAGUCGACGACCUACAGGGUGCAGGCGAACAAGAAUUUCUUGGUUCUCAACGACCUGCUACCGUUCACUAUGUACGAGAUCACUGUAACGUCGUACAACAUCCACGGUUCCAGUCUGCCCAGCUACAGUGUCCGGUCGUUGACCCUGACACCGGGUAAAAUGAAAAACAUACAAGUUGCGACAGCGCCCAAGCUGCCAGAUGUCAGAGGAUGCUGCAUCUCCGCCGGCGUCAACCACUACGGCUGCGUCGAGAAACUGUGCGACCCCACCAAGACAUUUGAGAUCGACCUACAGGUAACAGACCUGAUGAUCUGCGCACCCUGGGCCGGCGUGACCUUCGGCUGCCUCGCCAACGGGAUGGACCACACGCCCUGCUGCCGCUCAAGGGGACUCCCCGAGCCCUGUCUGCCUCUGUGCAGCGGAAACAUCACCACCCUAGACUUCAAUCACUUCAAGUGUCUUAGAUACAUGACGGCGUACACGAACUGCCUUCUGCAAGGGUACGGGGUGCUCCCAGGGCCGCCGUCAAGGUUGCACCUCACCAACAUAGACACGGACUACGCAGUUGUUCACUGGGCACCGCCCGCGGCGCUGGCUGACACCGUACAGUUCUACAACUUGCACUACAAGGCGCUGGGUGUCGACGACGAAUACAGCGCACUCAGGAAGGUGCAGUCACCUUACAUACUGGAGAACUUGGAGUCGAAUACUGACUACGAGAUAUACGUGGAAGCGGUCAACGAGCAUGGAGUGGGCGACGCUUCACCUAGACUUAUAUUCAGGACGCAAAGCCAGCUAAUAGAGGACGAGGAGAUAGCGGCUAACGCUUACAACGUGACCGCGUGCUGCGAGAGAGUGCAGCUGGCUGGAGUUUGCAUGCCGCUCUGCUCGUAUGACGCCAAGAUGUCAGACCUACGCACUUUGGCGCCGCUCUGCGCCCAAGAGUUCCACAAACUGCUGCGUUGCGGUGCUGGAGGUCGCAAUCACGAGGAGUGCUGCGCACGUCGAGGGGUGCCACCAGCUUGCAGAGGUGUCUGCGCAGCGGCUCACGCGGCAGGCGUCAACACCUGCGUACCAUACAUCGGCAACAUAGUGCAGUGUUUCGAAGAAGGUACCGGCCUGCUACCCGGGCCGCCGAGGGAACUGCACGCGGUGGUCUCCAACGACGGGAAGCUAUUCCUCGACUGGUCACCACCACAGGACGGUGCCAACGCCACCUCGUACACCGUGCACUGGCAACUGGUCGGCAACAACACCCAACCUUACUACUACAACACCCUGCAACUCGACAACAAAAUGAACGUGACCGACACGAUGGCGCGUAUCGUAGAUCUGGAACCAAACAGCACCUACCACGUUUUCGUCGUCGCUGUGAACAAGCACGGCACCUCUUUACCCUCCAGCAUGCUGUUGCUAAACAUCACUGACAAAGAUUCUGAAAAGGAGGUGUCUGGUAUACCAUCACCGCCACAUUCCCUCUCCGUGUCAUCACACUCCGCAACAUGGCUGACUUUGACCUGGCAGCCGCCCCAAUUCUCGCUCCCUGACGAAAAGAUCACCUAUACGCUGUUCUACAAAUCGCCGACGCAGAUAGGCCAGGGCAACGUGACCAGCAUAAACACAACAGUGCCUGGUCACACCCUAGAGAAGCUCACACCCAACACACAGUACGUCAUCUGGGUGAAAGCACACGCCGCCGCUGGAGACUCGCUGCCGUCAGAAACGCUACUCGCCUGGACAGACCCCGCGUAUCCUGCAUAUGUUGAGCCACCAACAGUCAACCCAGUGAAUUUAGUAGUGGAGGGUUCCAGUAUGACGAUUCUGUGCAUUGCCAUGGGAACACCUACACCGACAAUAUCUUUAUACAUAUCUGGCCGGCUGGUAAGACAAGAUGUGACGAGGCAUAUGGUGACGGUGAUACAUAACGUCACUCGUGACAUGGACCAGAUCUCGUGUUACGCUGACAACGGCUACGGCACCCCCAUGCAGGCCUCGAGAAAAAUAAACAUAUCCCACGUACCAACGAUCCAGGCCUCUGGCAUAACGAUGGCGGCGGCUGGGGACUCCGUUAUCCUGGAAUGUCGCGUAGAAGCCCUGCCUAAGCCCACCAUUGCUUUCUGGAGGGAUCCCAACGGAAGGACACCGGUGAUUGACGGACCGAACUACACAAUCCAACUUAUAGCGGAUCCAGAAGAUCACACCAAGUAUACGAUGCGGCUGAUUAUAAAGAAGAUAACGGAAGCUGACGAGGCAGACUACUUCUGCCACGCGGAGAACGCCUUCGGAAAGACCUUGAGGCCGGUCUCCGUUCGACUACGUCCUACCUCGCCGCAUCACAAUGUGACCGAAUGCUGCACGCAAAUGAACGUUUCGUCGUCCUGCAUCGACGCUUGCAGCUUCCAUUUAGAUAUGGACAAUAUAAUGGACCGACCCGAGUGUAUGGAUGACUUCGAGAAACUGAUGAAGUGCGCAGCCGACGGAUCUGACCACCGCGCCUGCUGCGCCUCGUGGGGCGUGCCGCGCACCUGCUUGGAGCUGUGCCGAGGGGGGCCGGUGUCCCGCACUUGCGCGGUGCAGCACGCGCGCCGCGCCCUCGCCUGCUUCCGGGACGCCGGCGCUCGCCUUCCGGGCCCCCCGCGCGGUCUUCGCGCCCACGCUGCGCCCACGCCCAACGCUGUGCUGUUGAGUUGGGAGCCACCGCUGAAGAACCCGCAAACGGUCUACCUGUACCGGGUGUUCUGGCGCGCGUACGGAGCCAAGGUGCCGGAGAAGCUGGACACGAGUGAAACAAGCGUCGUGCUGACCGGCCUUAAGGACGAAGUGCGGUACGAGUGCGUGGUGAAAGCGGCCAAUGACGUCGGAACCUCGUCUCUGAGUGCCCCGAUCUUGUUCACGACCGCGGGCCAAGAAGUGGGUGCUGCCGCGGCUCCGGUGCGCGGCAGUGCUGCAUCAGCGAUUGGGGGUGCAGUCGCCUGCGUGGUACUAACCGCGCUCCUGCUCGCCGCCGCGCUCUACUACCGCCACCGGAAGAAUUUACGUCAGAAAACGCAAGGUGGAGUAGCGUUUGAGAAUCCUAGCUACCUAAGAGAAACAAAUCCCGAUACCGUUAUCAAUGGCACGCUGCCUAACGGCAAUGCAAACGGGACCAACGGGAUAUCGAAACAGCUCCGCCCCGCCGAGCCGCUCGCCGCUCAGCCCGCCGAGCCGCUCGCCGCGCCGUUCGCCGCGCCGCUCGCCGCGCCUCUCCUCGCCGCGGAUCGCGCCCAAGUAUUGAGCGAUACGCCCGGUGAUAUCACAGUUUACACGUUGAAA